ACCCGAAUUUCGGGUAUUUUCAACUAGUGCGGGGAAAAUUGCGAGUAUUCUCUGGUUUCGGGUAAAAUGAGGGUAUUUUUGUACAAUGAGAAAUAACACUUUUGAUGAAGGGUAAAGUUUUUGCUGUAACCAUUGGAAAUAUGUGUUCCAGAUAAUAUUGUUCAACAUUAUAUAACCUAGAAUAUUUAUCAGUAUAUUUUAACCCAGGAGGAAAUCAUUUAUGUAAUUAUAUCUAUGAUUGAACUUUUAACCUAAAAUUAUGCCUCAGUAAAUUAUCCUGAUAUCUGUGACUAUUAUUUAGACAUUGUUGUAGUGGUGUAUGGCUAUUGUUUUGCUGUGCGGGAAUUUGUUAUGAAUAGAGGUGUAAAAGUAACGAAAAAAUGUGUACCCGUAUGUAUUCGUUACUAUAACAAUUAGCAUUCGUUACUUUCGUAUCGUUACUCGUUACUUCUGAUACCGCAUAACAUGCUAUGUUAUGUAACAGCAACGAAUCGAGUCGUAUUUCGUACGCGUACAGUAUGACGUCACGUAAAUAAAAAUAAAUCGAAUAUAAACAAUUAAAAAUAUUUGAUAAUUAACAGCUUUUGAUAACCAAGAAACAAUUAAAUCUCAAUAGAGCGGCUUUAUUAUAAUGUAUCUUUUAAGAUAAGGCCAUAAAACGUGAAAAUACGCGAUAAUAAAAAACAAAAACAAACAUAUUUAUAAUUUGUAAAAAAUACUUUACGUUGUUUCUGUUCGAAUCUAAAACUUUGUCUCACACACAAUACCUUUAAUAAACAGUAAAAAAAACUUGGGACGACGAAUUUCCAAAUUAUACUUUAAUUAUUAAACAAACAUCGUUAUUUGUAACGAAUAAGCGCGCGCAUGCGUAAAACAUACGAAAGAUGCGAGUAACGAAAUGCAUUCGUGUGUAACGUUUCGUUACUCGUUACUAGAUGCCGCACCCGUUACUCAGUAACGAAUACAUACGGUUUGCUACAGCUCUAGUUAUGAACUGUUAGGUUGCAUUCUAAACAUCAAUAUGCAUAUUGUCUGAACUAUAAAGUUUGAUUAUAAAUAACAAUAUGGAAAAGUGGCUAGGGCUACGUCAAAAUAGCGACCAAGAACCAAGUUGCAGCUCUCAGUCGGCAGAAAUAAGACUCCAUGAAUGCAAUCCAGACGCAAGUUUAGAUAUUAUAGCAGAAUCUGAAGAAAAACAAAGUCAUUGUGUUCUUAAAAACCCGAGAAAAAAGUUAAAAAUAAGUGGGAAAAUAAAAAGGACUAAUAAGUUUUGUGAUUCCUGGUUGCAAAUACCAGAACUCAAGUCCUGGUUACAAAAAUCCAACAAAACUAGCUUAGGCAAUGAGUUAGCGUACUGUACAGUAUGUAGAGUUGACAUAACUGCACACAAGAAUGAUAUCACUCGUCACAGUAAUUCGUCAAAACACCAGUUAAACUGGCAACAAGUAAGCACUUCACACAAACUGACGAGUUUAAAAUUUAUAACUUCAGACGAAGUUAAAAGAGCCGAAAUUAAAUUAGCUGGUUUGAUAGCUUCUAACAACCUACCAUUCUCAUUGGUUGAUACAUUAGUACCAUUAUGUGCAGAUAUUUUCCCUGACUCAAAGAUUGCAAAAAAUGUUACUUUGGGACGAACCAAAGCCACAGCAGUUGUGAAAGACGUUCUAGGUCCAGCUUUCCAAUCAAAAUUGCAUAAGCAUUUAGCUGAAGCUGGGACAUUUUUGUCAAUAAUUAUGGACGAAACCACUGACAUGAGUUCUGUGAAACAGUGCGCAUUUGCUGUAGUGUACUAUAAUAAUGAAACUCACAGUGUUGUAACAAGUUUCCUGGACAUGGUGAGUGUGACUUCUAGUGCAGCAACUGAUUUGUUUGAGUGCCUAAAAAAUUGCUUACAUCUGAAAAACAUUCCACUGUCAAAUAUUGUCGGCUUUUCUGCUGAUACAACAAAUGUGAUGGUUGGUGAACAUCAUUCUGUAUUUUCUUUGCUGAAAGAAAAUGUGCCAGGCAUUGUUUGCAUAAAAUGUUCAUGCCACAUGAUUCAUCUGGCUGCUUCAAAAGCUUGCUUAGUACUUCCUCGUUCAGUUGAAGAUUUGCUGAGAAAUCUUGGUGCUCAUUUUAGUAGGAGUUACAUAAGAAGAGAAAAACUGAGAGAAUUUAAAAUUUUUUUCCAAACAGAAAUUCAUAACAUUCUUUCUCCAGCUGUCACACGUUGGUUGUCACUGAAGGCUUGCAUUGACAGGGUUUUAGAGCAGUACUUAGCACUUGAAUCAUAUCUUAGAGAGUCUGUCUUUGAAGAUCCUUCAAGAACAACAGAAGAUAUGCUGAAGACCAUGGAAAACAAGUAUACUAAAAUGCAUAUGGAGUUUAUGUCAUAUGUACUUGGUCUUUUGACAAAUUUCAACACGCUCUUUCAAGGUGAAAUGCCAUUGCUCCAUCGACUCAAACCAGAAGUUGAAAGACUUCUGAAGACCCUAUGCUGUAAUUUUAUGAGUCCAUCAUAUGUUAAAGGCAUGGAUGUAUUGACAAUUGAACAUAAAAAUCCAUCAAACUAUGUUGCUUUAAAUAAAGUAUAUCUUGGAAUCCUUGCACAAAGUAGUUUGGACAAACUUACAGAAGAUAAGAAUGUUCGUGAAAAUGAUUUACAGUUUUUUCUAAAAUCAUGCCUCCAGUUUUAUGUCGAGCUUGUAUCACAGAUCAAAAGUAGGUUUGAUUUUAGUGACAAAGUGUUUGAUGUUGUCAACAUAGUUGAGCCUUGUGUUGCCCAGUCUUUAGAGAUUCCAUCAAUUAUGCCAGUUCUGAAGCGUUUUCCUAUAUUAAAUGACCAUGUAAGUGCUCAAGCUGUAGACCAUGAAUGGCGGCAACAUGCGAUGUUAGACCAUGCAAAACUUGGUCUUGAUAGUUCAAAACCAGCAGAGGAGUAUUGGAAGGAUGUUUUCAAUCUCAAGAAUGCAGCUGGAGCGAAACUCUUCGAAAAUCUGGAAAAGGUAUUGGGACUUCUCUUGGUUCUUCCAUUCUCCAAUGCAUGCGUGGAAAGACUUUUCAGCACACUUAGAAACAUCAAGACAUAUCACAGAAACAAACUAUCAAAUGAUACUUUGGUAGCUUUGAUUAGUUCAAAGGAAGGUAUUGAAGCCGAGGGAGGCUGUGUUUCAUUCAAUCCCAGCAAGACAAUGGUGAACACAAAACUGUGGAACUGAAACUACAGAACAUAUGGUGUUUUUAUAGUAAAUUUAUACGAUUUAAAUUACAGUGUAAUUUUAUAAGGCAAUUGGCCAUAAUAGAAGUUGUUUUAUGUAGUGCUUAUUAUGUUCCAAUUAUAUUUGUAUUUAUUUAAUAAUUUAAAUGUGUACAUACCUACAUAAAAAAAUAUUUUUAAUGCUUUGUAGACAGCCAUUUAUUAUACGAUAAAUACCUACUUUCAAAAUGGUUAAAAAGCUCACAGCAUGAAAUUCUUAUUUUGAUAAAACUGUAUAAACGAUAAGUUUUACGUUCCAGCUAGAUGUUAAACAGGUAUUGAUGUUCUCGUUCAAGCUCUUGUGGGUGUCCGCCCUUAGUUACAAUUUUUUUUAGGAGUGCGGGUAAAAGCGGGUAUUUUUGCUUUCACAUGAGGGUAAAAAUGAACACCUGCAUUGGCAACACUGACUACGCUGCCCCGGGGCAAGUUUGUUGCAUACACUCGUCUGAUGCAUUGAUGAAACCUAGCGGCCUGGGCGACCAAAGGGAGCACUGGUGUUCGGCGUCACAUGUUACGAUUUUGGAGAAUCAGUUGCCCGAUCCCCUCCAUAGAAAAGAUCCCCUCUUCCGAGAACCGAGCGAGAACAUGACCUUGAAGGAUUACAUCGAUUGAGAGGAAAUUCUGCUGCUGAGUUGAGAUCAUGGCCAACCAGCUGAAUCCACAUUCAGACUACUCAUGCUGGACAUAAUCUAAGUCAAACAGUGUGUACAAAACAUGCAGAAUAUAUUGCGAGAUUUAGAGCACCAAUGGGCUCUAUGCAGAAACGAACCAAGUAACACAUGGAUGAAAACCACCCAGCGAACAUGCAUACAUGAGGACACACCCCCUCUCCAACACGCAGGGAAACUUUGGGUGGGAUUGACCCCAUGGUACAUAGAACAUCCUGUCAUACUAUGCUGGCUGAGUCACAAUACCUACAUGGUAAGGAUGGGUGGCAGUUGGCUGUGUAAAAUCCGCCGUGAUAACUUCAAGCACACAGUGAGUUUGGAGGACCUAGUACUGGACGAAUCACAGCUCACCGCACAGGAUGGCACACCGCACGCUAUGCGCAAAUUGUUUGGUGUAACUAUCAGCCCAGAUACGCCGAUACAACCAUGCGUCUGCCAGCUCUACAGCUAUGCCCCAGAGGCGCGAAUGUGUGAGGGCACAUGCCAGCAAGGACACUACAACCGGAUGUGAUGAAUAAUUCGAAAGCAGGAUCACCAGAGAUAAUAACCGAGUGAAUAAUGGGAUAUACCUAAAGUGGGCACUGCAGUAUGGACGAGAUAGUGCCAUUUUAUCACGUACCCAGCUCUGAUGCACAAGAACAGCUACUUGACGGGAUGAGGAAUCCCACUGGCAACACUUCAAGGUGAUGUCGUCGUGGAUGCCCUGCAAGGAUGCAGAUCAAAGUUAUGACCAACUCCCUGAAGGUGGGGGUCAUUGUAAACAAGGUCCUCCCCAUGCUGUUGGAUUCAGAUUAGCUAGAUGUGGCAGAGUCUCCCUCCCACACCCAAGGUUGCUAGGGUUACUUUACCUCCCUGUCGAAUGCAGAGUCCCGAAUGUGGGUGGAAAAGCUGGACAUCACACCAUGGCACCACCGGCACCUUGUUCCGCGCCUCAUCCAUCGUGGCCUUCAUCACAGGUGUGGCUCUAGAUUGCCUUAAAGUAAGCUGCAUGGGGGACGAGUCCCCACAUGCUGUCCCUGAAGAAUGAGGCGAAAGAACCAUUCGCGAACACCGGAGGAGAAUCACCCAAUCCUGUUGCCCAGAGUGAGCUUGCAGAUGGUAUUAACAUGGGUUUGUCUUUGACCUUGUGUUUGGGUUGUAAGAGACCGGGGGAGGGGGGGGGGGCGGGGGGAGAUUAUAUGAUGUGGUACUGCCCUACAUAGGCGUGCCUACAGGGGGGGCCAGGUGGGCCAUGGCCCCCCCUAAUGUAAUCACUCAGAUCGGCAUUUUCUCUAAUGCGUUCAUUAAUAUUCGUAUAUUCCUGGCACUGUGACACUCAAACUGUUUUUCAGUGUUGCAGUGUGGUAAUUAUCAAUAUUUCUAAACAUUUUAUCGUUCUGGAAAUACAGCCGCCUUAGUUUAUUUAAAACACGAGGUCCCUUAAAAUGGCCAAGCAAAAAAAAAAUUAAGAGGUUUGUUAAAGUUCCGUUGUCUGAAUUGCUGUGUUUGCAUUCACUAAAAAGAAGUUAAUUUCAAGGUAGAUCUGGACCAAGCUAUUGGAAAAUUCGAGAGGGAAAAAUGUGUAAGUACCCUUUAAACAUUGUGAAAAAUGGAAAAAAAAAAAACAUAUUUUUUAUGGAAAAAAAAAAAAACAUAUUUUCAAGAUUGCUAAAAUUAUACGGAUAUAAAUAUUAACUAGUAAACAUUCAUAUCUCGUAGAUACUGCACAAAAAUAUAAACACGCAAUGAGUGAAUGUAUUUAGGCUAUUUAACAUUCUAAAUUCAGCUUCUGAUUUAAAAAUUUAGCAGGGCCCCCCCUAAUGGAAAUGUCUGGGCACGCCUAUGCUGCCCUAGGCAGCAGUAUAAAAAGCCCCAGUCCCAGUACUGUCUGACACUGCACAGGAGUGCACCUUGUGACAUUACGGCCAGCUGCAGCCAGUAGGUAUUAUUAUUUUUAUAAUACUAGCUGAAUCCAAACACACAGGGAUGCAUCCAUAGCACACACAUUCCUUAGCAAAUGCAGCCUCAAUGUAGAGGACAUAUUUUUAAAGGAUGGAUAAUAUCAUAAUACUUUGACUGCAAGCACCAACUGUUGACAGUUGGUCGUACUAAUGUGCAUGUAGCCAUUUUGAGAUGCAAUAUCUACGAUUAUUCAGGAAAAUGUGAAUAACGUAGGUACACUUAAAAAAAAAGUAGUAUGACUGCUAUAGAUGUCAGCAAAAACAUGCAACGUGCAAAAGGCAAUUUUUUUCAGCCUAGACGUGCUAUGUCUUUAUUUAUUACAAAGUUUCGUAAAUGAAAAUACAGUUACGAGCAAAGCUAAACGUCCAUUAUAUGAUUUAAAUAUGUUUACACCAUCCACAUAGCAUAAAACCAAAUUUUUUGUGGAACUUACUUUUUGCAAAACAUUGGUAAAUAAACUUAAUGUUACUUUUUAACAUUCAUAAUCUAACGAUUUGUUGCUUUCGUGAACCUAUUUUUUUUCUCUUUAACUAUUAUAAGCUUUUGAAUAUUGUGAACUAAUAGCAUAAGCAGGUUUAAUAAGCCUUGGAUUUUGGCACAGCAGCAUGGCAAAUAGCAACAUAAUACCUGAAUGCUGUAUAUAUUCCAUGUGUGUAACAUGUGUAACUUGGUAUUCUUAAUGCUUAUACUGCUAGCAAAUCUAAAAAAAAUAUUUAUUAACUUUGGAAAAGUGAAAUAAGUUUUGAACUUGGAAAUUUUUGUAUGCAACAAAAUGCAACAAAAAAUAAAGAGGAUGAAGGCCAAUGCACAUGCACAUUAAAUGAAGUUGCAUACAAACACAAGAUAUACAACAUGGCAUGUGGCUAUUUUCAAAGAAAAGAAAAAUAAUUCACAUAACAAACAAAUUCAGAAACAUUCUAAUUAAUACAACUACUAGGUAGUUAAGGUAAAUAUUUUUUUAAAUACUAAAACCAGCAAAAACAUUUUCUGCUAAUUGGUUUUCUCUGGGUUUACUUAUACUUCAUUAGCCAUAAAAUGUGUUAAAACAUACAUGGUAUUGAUGAUAUUUACCACUUUGUAGGUUCUCUAAUAUGAAGACUGCUGUGCUAGCUUUUCAUUUUGAUGUUUACCACAUGCUUUAGCUUAAAUAAAAAGUUUAUCAAUACCUAUUUAAUAUUUCAAUUCACUCCUUUAUUGUUCUACCUAAAUUAACUUUUAGUAGGUAUGAAUGUUAACUCACAGAUUUUUAAUAAUGCGAAAGAAGUAUAACUUAUAACAUGCAUACAUAAGUACAUGCACUUUUUUUAUACAUAAAAUUGCAAGUUACAAACUGAUUUACAGGUUGAUAAAUCCAGAAUCCGAUGUAGAAGUUCCACUUGGUGACACUUUCAGCAUACUGAUUACUGAAUGGUUAUGGUUGCAGAGUUCACAACCAACUAUCAAAAAAAAAUAAAA